AUGUGGUGGUUUGCUCUUGUCAGUGAGCUGGCCCCAGUAGGCAGACCAGUGGGCAGCAUCCUGGCAGCCGCCAUGAACCAGACAAUCUUCUACUCCAUCGUAGGAGGAAACGAAGGCGGUGAGUUCCAAGUGAGUAACCGGACAGGUGUGAUCUCCACGGCUAAGCCUCUGGAUUAUGAGACUGUCACCAGCUACGUGCUCAGGGUUCAGGCUGACUCCAUGGUCGUGGUCAUGGCCCAACUGCGGGUUCCCUCUAAAUCCAACACAGCCAAGGUGUUUAUCGAGGUGCGGGAUGAGAACGACCACCCGCCUGUCUUCACCAGAAAGCUCUACAUCGGUGGCGUGGCUGAAGACGCCAAGACCUUCUCCUCUGUUCUGAAGAUAGUGGCCACUGAUGCAGAUACAGGGAACUACAGUGCCAAUGCGUACCGGCUGAUCAUCCCGCCCACGGCAGAUGGUCAGGACAGCUUUGUGAUCGAGCAGUACACGGGCAUCAUCAAGACGGCUAUCAUGUACCGCAACAUGCGCAGGUCCUACUUCAAGUUUGCGGUCAUCGCCACCGACAACUACGGAGAGGGCCUGAGCAGCAGCGCUGAUGUGGUGGUGUCUGUGGUCAACCAGCUGGAUAUGCAGGUGGUGGUGUCCAAUGUCCCGCCCACUGUCGUGGAGGAGAAUAAAGAGCAGCUUAUUGCUAUUCUGGAGCGAUACAUCCAGGACCAGAUCCCAGGGGCUAAGGUGGUGGUGGAAUCCAUUGGGCCGCGGCGGUUCGGAGAUGGCUUUGACCAGGAGGAUUACACCAAGUCAGACCUGAUGGUAUAUGCCAUCGACCCACUGACCAACAGGGCCAUCUCACGCCAGGAGCUCUUUAAGUUUCUGGACGGGAAGCUGCUGGAUAUCAACAAAGAGUUCCAGCCGUUCCUGGGUCAAGGAGGACGCAUCCUGGAGAUCCGUACGCCCGACAUCGUGGCCAGCGUGAAGAAGGCUGCCCAGGCUGUGGGCUACACAGAGGGGGCGUUGCUCGCCCUCGCCAUCAUCAUCAUCCUCUGUUGCAUCCCCGCCAUCCUCAUCAUCAUGGUCACCUACAAACAAUUCAAAGAGAGACAGGCGGAAUGUGCCAAGACUGCGAGGAUUCAGCAGGCUCUGCCAGCGAGCAAGGCUGCUGCUCCACGUGCCCCAACAGCCAAUAUAUACGGGGAACUAGGGGACAGCAGCACGCCAAGGGCUAAAAGGUUUGAGAUCGAUGAAGCCGACCGCCAGAGACGCCUUAGCAGCUUCGCCUGUCGCGCCAACUCCUCCUGUGGCAACGGGUCGCUGCACAGCAUCCUGCCCAAGUCAGAGAGCAACGUCACCUUUCUGUCAGACCACCACCCCCUGACCACCACUAACCCCCUCUACGACGAAGAAGAAGACGGGAACUUCAGCAGCCCCUACGGGACGGCAAAAGGGGGCUCUUUCUCCCCCUCCCUCUCUGGAGGGUCCGGGAACGCCUGGACCAUGCGGACUCGUCUCCGUGGAGGGUCAGAGGGGUACGAGUCGCUGAAGAGACAGGCUCUGAUGGACCCGGCCCAGUGGGAGCUGCAGCUGCUCCAAGCUGGGAUGAAGGGUCAAGGAAGCCUGGAGGGUUAUGACAUCCAGAGCAGCCGCAGCACAGAGGAGAGCAAGCUGUCUGUCAGGGAGCAGGCCAGGCAGUAUGAACAGCAGGCCAUGCAGGAGAGGACCCCCAGGGGAGGGCGUGACUCCAGGAGCUCCCUGACCUCCCCUCCACUACUGCGGAACCAAGACAACAUUGACAUGCUGGAGCUGAGCGCAGAGACCCUGUUCUCCAUCAUGGACAGCCCCUACAGCCCCAUGUCCAUAGGGAAGGAUGUGCCUCCCCGCAUCAUCAUCACCCAGGGCGAAGGCUCUCCGCCCCUGGCCCAGAGGCCCACCCUGCCUGUCCUCGGGAAAUUCAGCUCCAGCGUCUCCAGCUACAUCACUGCAGAGCCCUGCGAGAUCACUGUGGAGAUCAUCCCUGACCCGCCUGAGAAUCCGCCACCUCCCCCUCCUUCUCCUCAUUCUCCUCCACCUCCUUCUCCUCAUUCUCCUCCACCUCCUCCUCCUUCUCAAACGCCUCGUUCUGGUCCUCCUCCUCCUCCUGCCUCAUCUCCUCCUCCUCCUCCUCCUCCCUCCUCAUCUCCUCCCCCUGCACCCUUCAAUCCUCACUUCAUUGAGCCUGAUCAUUCUCCCCCACCCUCUUUCCCUCCAUCUCCCCCUCCUGUUCGGAAUCGUGCUCCUCCGCCACCACCCCCACCCCUCCCGCCCCCUUUCUCCCCCACUUUCGAGCGACCCCGCCACACUGUCCAGUUUGUCCCAACCUCCCUGCCGCCGUUGUCCUCGCUCCGCCCUAUCUCCUCCCGGGCCCAUCCCCCUCCACCUCCCCCCCAACCUGAGGAUGGUGUGAAGAGGAAGGAGCUAAAGGGGAUUCUGAAAAACCUCCAGAACCUCGCUGACAUCGAGAAGUCUGUUGCCAACCUCUACAGUCAAGUAGACAAGAAUCGCAAGGUGGCGCGAUUCGGCAAGAAACCCCAAGCAACCGAGGAACCAGAAGGAAUUCGGAGACCAAACAGAUCUGGGUCCCGUGAGGAACCAAACCAGCCAAACCUGACCAGCACGGAACCUGUGGAGCUCUCCAUGGAGUCAGGCAUCGACCCAGGCCAAGACUACUACAGGGACGAAUACUAUAAUUACGACCAGGGGAAUGACCUUCCUCAGUAUGGCAGUCGCAGGAAGCUGAUCUCUCCCAUGUAUGAUGAGUAUGGAGAGCUGAUUAUGGAGGAUGACUACUACAGCCCCCAUGGGUCUGAGGGGCGAGGCAGAGGGCGUGGAAGGGGUACUGGUCGAGGAGGCAAGAGGGUGGGAUUUAGAGACCUUCCACCAGAGGAUGAGAUUGAGCAGGCAGAGCCAGUGGAGGGCGAGGAAACCCGUGAACCCUCCUCGGCUGCCAAGAGGCUGAAGUCCGUCAUGAAGCUUAGCAAGCUCCUAGCGGCCAGUAAGAGUGGAGACCAGACUGUUCCAGCCGGAGAACCAGGCCCAUCCCCCUGGAAGAAAGCCAAGAUGUUCAAGAUGUUUGGCGCCAAGAAGGACAAGGACUACGCCAAACUGAUGUCGGCCCGCCGCAUAGACAGCCAGGAGAGUCUGACGGGGGGACCUGCCGGUGAUGGUCCGAUAGACACCAAGUCCACCGCGAGGAGCCGGCUGGGCAAGGUAAUGAAGCGCAUCAAACUGAGCAACAGGCUGCAGGCAAGGAGGAAGUCUCAGGGAAGCAUUAGUAGAAGCUCUGCCACAGGUAGCGAGAAGGAUGAAGACGCCUCGCAAGCUGCCACCAGUGACGAAGAGAAGAAGUCCAAGGUGUCUAUCAGCGUGACGGUGGAGAGCGAGCCGGAGGCGAGUGGGAGUGGCAGUGGGAGUGGGAAGGGUUCUGAUGAGGAUUCAGAGAGAAGCAGUGUGGCGCUUUCCACCGAAGACAAAGAUUACCUGAAGGUGGAUCUGGACCGAGACGAUACCAAUGAAAGCACUGUGGACUCAGAAGAGGAGCCAGAAGAGCACCCAGAGGAUUCUGAUGACGAGAGCAAAUCAAAGUCAGAGGGGGACGAGACAGAGAAGGAAUCUGUCACUGAAAUGGAAUCGGGGACAGAAAAAGAGUCUGAUUCAGAGAAAGAGUCAGGCUCAGAGAAAACAUCUGGGACAGAAAAGGAAUCAGGGUCAGAGAAAGGUUCUGAUUCAGAGAAAGGUUCUGAUUCAGAGAAAGGUUCUGAUUCAGAGAAAGGUUCUGAUUCUGAGAAAGAAUCUGAUUCUGAGAAAGAAUCUGAUAGUGGGAAAGAGUCAGGGACAGAGAAAGAGUCAGGAACUGAAAAGUCAGGAACUGAAUCCAGUACAGAGAAAGGAUCUGGGACUGAGAAAGAUUCAGAGGAAGUGUCUGAAGAGGAUGAGGGGACUGGGGAGUCCAAAGAAAGUGGCUCCUCUGCCCGUUCUUCCAAGAAAUCAUCUGGCACUGCUACUGAAAGGUCCAGUGGAGGGACACAAGGCAGCAUGAGGAGUAGUGCCUCUGGCAUCAGUGGAAGUGAUAGUAGCGUUGGUAGCAGUGGUAGCGUUGGUGGCAGUAGUAGCAUUGGUGGCAGUAGUAGCGUUGGUGGCAGUAGUAGCGUUGGUGGCAGUGGUAGCGUUGGUGGCAGUGGUAGCGUUGGUGGUAGUGGUAGCAUUGGUGGCAGUGGUAGCGUCGGUGGCAGUGGUAGCGUUGGUGGCAGUGGUAGCAUUGGUGGCAGUGGUAGCGUUGGUGGCAGUGGUAGUGUCGGUGGCAGUGGUAGUGUUGGUGGCAGUAGUAGCGGCUCAAGCAGUGCUGCCUCCCAGCCUGGUUCUUCCAUAAGAUCGUCACAAAGUGCUGGAGGCUCAGAGAUGUCCAGGCCAGGAAGUGAGGGGGUCAGUGAAGGGGAGUCAGGGUCGGGAAGCUCGGUGUACCACGGAGGCAGCCAGAUCCAGCUCUCUGGAUCAGAGGUCAGCGAGUCAGAGGACAACCAGCUGACGGACCAGAGCUCCCUGGCGGGCAGCGAGAGGAGCUCCACCAGCUCCAGGUCCACUGGAGGCAGCCGCAAGUCCAUCCUGACCUGCAGUUCACAGGACACCAUCAAUGAGGAGAGUGAAGAGGAGGACGAAGGAGAAUCUGAGGAGGAAGGCGGUACCUCCGAUGAGAGAAAAGAGUCUGUGGAAGAGCUGAGUGACGGAGCAGCGUCCAGGAGGUCCAGCUUAUUGUCUGCUGGAGAAGGGCCCAGCCAUAGUCUCUAUGCUGGAACUCCCUACUGUUCAGACUCCAGCAACAGCCUGACAGAGGCCUCAGAGGAGACCUUCGGAGGACUCUCUCCUAUCACAGAGGUGGACGAGGACGCCAUUACACCAUCUGAGAAAUCUGACGCCAGUAGCCAGGGGUCAGCUGGUAGAUCCCAGUUGGGAGCCACAGAGGAGACAUCCGAUGCUGAUUCAGAGUCUGAUGGGAACGCCACAGCCUUCUGA